CUGGCAGUCCACGUCAUCCCGCGAAGACCCACACGGCAAUUACCAUUCCCAAGGGAGGAGGAGAGAGAGAGAGAGAACACCGCCACCUGAUGCUAUUAACGUGGCAUCUAAAUCAACGGUGUCUCAAUUCUCUCCGGCAUCACUCGCCACCCUCCUUUACACCAUUCUUAUCGCCGGCGUUCUGCCGUUCACUCUUCUGAACUUAAAAAUUUCUUCAAAUUCAAGAGCUUGGGAGACGCCGCUUGAAGUUCUUUAGCCCGAUAGGAAGAAAGAAAAACUAUUGGAUCACUGGACCACCAAAAAAAUGCUCAAUUAUGGUGACCAAACCCCCAGUCGAUUUGAGCUGUUGAGUAUGGUAAAGAAGCACUCGAAGCUGUUGGAAAAAAACUCAGUUGAUCAGGAUGAUGCCUCUGAUUUGGAAAUGGACUCCCGUUUCUGGCAUGAUAUCAUGGAUUUAUAUUUUGUUCGGGGUAGGGAAUCGAGGGGUCGACAGGAGGACGAUAUGAUGUUCUUUGUCCGAAAGAUGGGUGUGCAAAGGAGUGGAGCCAAUGACGACGAGGAUGGAAACUCCCCUUUCUUUGUACGCAGGUGGGCACCUAAGGUAAAAGAGGUUGAAAUCUGUGACAUGCAUAUCUUUUUCUUGUAAUCUGAAGCUUUUAAUGGAGAAAUCCUUGUACAUUAUUAGUCACUGUAAUAAUGCCAAAGGCAAUGGUGUGGAAGGUUUCUUUACUUCAGAUCAUGUUGGUAUCCAAUAACCGUUUCUGUUGUUUAACUUCACUUGUUUUGAAACGCGUUAAUCUGUGGUAGCUGUUUUGUGACUUCCAUGCAUCGAAGUAGUAGCCUGCUUCCUGCUCAUUGCACAAUUAUGGUCAUUGGUUAAAUGCUCUUCUCGAGAUUUGAUCCCAUGCUAAGCACACUUACAGCAUAUUCUUGAAAUAAUUUUCAAGGAUGCUAUAUUUCUAGCUUGAAUUUCUUUUUCAUCUUUAGAUGCUACUUUUGCAUGUAACAGGGGAUAAGAAACUUGAAUUUUUUUUAAUGUUGCUUAAAGCCUAGAAAAUCUGAUCGACUUCUUUACUUGUUCUUACCUUGAAAAGAGUGAAUUUUGCAUUUCAACUACAGAUGAUGAAUUAUCGUUAUUGAAGAGUGAAACUUUAACUUUAUGUUUUUUGGUGGCCAGUUGGAUGAACUACUUGGUGAGAGUUCACUAGUAGUGGACUGGAGGCGCUCAUUCUACUUGAAUCUAAUAGCUCAUACCUCCUUUACAGUAACAGUUGCGAUUUGUAGUCAUCAGGUACUCCGAAACUAUCAGAGUGGCCAAGGGAAGCCAUUGUCCCCUAUAUACAAGGUUGUGAAGACAGUAUAUGCAUCCCCCAGCCGUAUCAAUUUCCAUUUGGAUUCAAGAAAGGAAGCAGAAACAAGUGCUGCCUAUCCAGAGAUAUGUUUUGCUGUUGAUGAUUUCGAUUCCACAUUUGAUGCUGUGGUCUUGACAGAUGUUGACCAUUGCUAUUGUGUAAUCCUAGAUGCUAGUGAUGGGGCGGCUUUUCCCUCUGAAAGUUCACCGCGAGACAGAAGCUCUGGAGACACGAGAGUAGGGAAGACAAAGAGUUCUAAGAUUACUCUUUUCUCUGGUUUUGUUAGCUAUCAAAUGGUUCGAGAUGCUUAUGAUGCUGGUAGGACGGGUUUCGGAAGCCUCUUGUCACUUGCUCACUCUCCAGGCAAAGCAGAUAGACUUUAUAUGAAAGGUCCUGGAGGGCGGGGUGAAGUUGAGGUGGCUGUUUCAGGUGUUGUAGAUCAAAGUAAAGAAGAAUUGGACCAUCAUUCUAGAGGAUCUGCUCUUGGUAAAAUUGUCCGGAGGGCGGCAUCCGUCGCUUCUGUGGCAGCUAAGCAUGCUUAUGCCGCCGCAUCAUCUACACGGACUUCUUACGAAGACAUGAUUCCCCUUAGAUGCUGCCUGAUGUCAGUAUCAUUGCCUUGGGAGCAUAUUGCUCAUGAUCUUCUAUUCAAGGGAAGCCCUCCUGUGAACCUGUAGGCCGAGGUGCGUGUUUCAGGAUUGAUGUGUCAGCCAAUCCCGAGUGGAUCAGACAAAAACAGCAAUAGCCCCAUAGACUAUUUGUGGAUAUUACUCUCUCUCUUUCUCUGUAUGAAUCGGGUUACUCCUUGUAAUAAAUAUCCUAGAUUUUCAUUAUAGUUUGUUGUAUACUUACGUUAAGCUACUUCUAUUUUAAAAUCAUAUUCUUUCUAGGUUUAAUCGUAAUUUGGAAGCAAAUUUCACAUCACUUUUGUUUUUAGGUUUUAUUCCCGUUUCCAUUGCUUUGUAUGUUUCUUUACAUAGCUGUUCGUUUGGAGCAGUCUCUUGAAAGUGUUCUUCAAUUGUGUAGCACCUAGGACUGAAAUAUUGAGAUGAGCUUUGAAAUAUCGACUAGAGUAGGCGUUGCACUCCGUUCGGAUUUGCCAGGGCAGGGAAGGGAAUGCGAGAGACUCAUAUACCCUGCCUUAAUAUGUGAGAGACCAUACCCUUAUUUUUGCAACACCAGUUGGUUUUCUUGAUCUAAUAUUGCUGAUAAUAUGCUUUGGUUUGCUGUGCUUUUCACUUGCUAAUAGUAGACCGGUGGACACAAUGACAGAAAGUACAUUUUUGCCAAAGUAACGGCACACAAGGCUCAAGAAGUCUAGCGCUCCUCAUGACUUUAACAUUUUUGCCGAAGUAACGGAGCUCAAUUUAAGUUGCUCCGAAGAUAAUUCUGCAACUUUUUCCUUAGCAAAGUUACUUUUACAAUUUUAUUGUCUUUUUUUUAUUAUUAUUAUCUUUG